GUCGUCCCUUAUUAACUGGCCAUGGAGCCCCGGCGAACGUCGAGAGAGCAUGAAUUGUUAGGAAGCCAUAUCAUAUAUAGUAUCGUUGCUUUGUCCAUGCACGCUAAUUUCAUCAUGGCUCACGGAGCUCCCCUUCUCUCGCCGUCCGCCACGGCACCGACGACCUCUUGGUGGGAGAAUAUUCACACAAACCCUUUACGCUGGCCGCCUCAGUCGCCACCGUCGGUCCGUCUCCGCCGCUCGUCGUCGUCCUACGACGAGUCCUCGGUCUCCAACGCCGCCGCUAGCCACUGCACGGCCCUCAGCAUGGACUCCUCCUCCGGCGGAGAGCCGGCUGACAACCACCACAUGUGGAACCACCUCCUACUAAAUGGUGGAGAGGCAUCUAAUUGCCAGGACGAUGCAGAAAACUUUGUGGAAGUGUUGAGCUCCAAGAAGCUCUCAGCUGAUCAAUUUGACCCUGCUUCAUGCCAUGGCUUGAUGCAUCCAUCCUCACAGCUCAACUUCUUGGGGAUGCAAUCGAACAGCAAUAAUACUGAGAACAGGUGGUCUAUAGCUCCUCCAAACUCACACCUGGAUCAUCAUCUUGCUCCUUCCAUGAUCAGUGCUUACAUGCAAUCUGAUGUUUCUCAUGUCAAACAUGAGUUCGAUCGUCCAGUUUCACCACUGUUCCCUAACAAUGAGCUUCUUCUAGAAAAAAACACUAAACGAUACCAGACUAUUGGUCGUGUUGAAUCUGUACUGGAUCAUCCUUGGUUUAGCCAAAGAAAUUUGAUGGAUCAAAUGCCAUUUGGAGGAUGCUUGAACAAGCCAGACGCCAUGGAGUUCAAAACUUCAGAGCCUUAUUUGAAAGGCUCAGAUUUGUGUGGUGAAACUAAACAAGGAUGUCAGAGUUCAUCAAUGAGAGGGAAUGGUAGGUGUGGUGGAACAGCUGAAGGGAAGAGGAAAAGACCUGAAGAAAGCUCAGAGAAGCACUUCAGGAAGAACAAGAAUAAUAGCCAAAUGAUCCCAUCAAACAAGUUGCAGGUGCCUAAAGCGAAAGUGGCAGAAAAGAUAAGUGCUCUCCAACAACAUGUGUCACCAUUUGGGAAGACAGAUCAAGCAUCAGUGCUGAUGGAGACCAUCAAUUGUAUCAGGAUCUUACAAAAGCAAGUACAGUUACUAAGUGACCCAUACCUGAAACCUAGUCUGAACAAGGAACGCAAUUGUUGGGGAGAAACUGAGAGGAAGGAGAAGGCAGAGGCAAGAUAUGAUCUGAGGAGCAAAGGCCUUUGCUUGGUUCCUGUUUCUUCCAUUCCUCAAAUCCACAGAGAGAGCAUUAGAUCUGAUUGCUGGAUGCCGACUUUAAGAGGUUGUUUCUUGUAGAUGAUUAUUUAUUUAGAAGACAGCAAUUUAGAAUUAAUAGACUGCUCUUUCCAUGCAUUAAUUCACUACUUUGAACUGUUUUUGUUUCA